GAUGGACCCCUUUGAGGACACGCUGCGGCGGCUGCGGGAGGCCUUUGGCGCGGGGCGCACGCGGCCGGCCGAGUUCCGGACUGAGCAGCUGCAGGCCCUGAGCCGCUUCCUGCAGGACAACAAGAAGCUCCUGCAGGACGCGCUGGCCCAGGACCUGCACAAGCUCACCAAGCUGGGCAGCGCCUUCAUCCGGAAGGAGCCCUACGGCCUGGUGCUCAUCAUUGCGCCCUGGAACUACCCCCUGAACCUAACGUUGAUGCCCCUGGUGGGGGCCAUCGCCGCAGGGAACUGCGUGGUGCUGAAGCCCUCGGAGAUCAGCAAGGGCGCUGAGAAGGUGCUGGCCGAGGUGCUGCCCCGGUACCUGGACCAGAGCUGCUUCGCCGUGGUGCUGGGUGGGCCUGAGGAGACUGGCCGGCUUUUGGAACAUAAAUUCGACUACAUCCUGUUCACGGGGAGCCCUCGUGUGGGCAAGAUUAUCAUGACAGCUGCUGCCAAGCACCUGACCCCCGUCACCCUGGAGUUGGGGGGCAAGAACCCCUGCUACGUGGACGACAACUGUGACCCCCAGACCGUGGCCAACCGUGUGACUUGGUUCCGCUACUUCAACGCCGGCCAGACCUGCGUGGCCCCGGACUACGUCCUGUGCACCCCCGAGACGCAGGAGCGCCUGCUGCCCGCCCUGCAGAGCGCCAUCACCCGUUUCUAUGGUGAAGACCCCCGCACCUCCCCCGACCUGGGCCGCAUCAUCAACCAGAAGCACUUCCAGCGGCUCCAGGCCCUGCUGCGCUGUGGCCGCGUGGCCAUCGGUGGGCAGAGCGACGAGAGCCAGCGCUACAUCGCGCCCACGGUGCUGGUGGACGUGCAGGAGGCGGAGCCGGUGAUGCAGGAAGAGAUCUUUGGGCCCAUCCUGCCCAUCAUGACCGUGGGCAGCCUGGACGAGGCCAUCGCCUUCAUCAACCGCCGCGAGAAGCCGCUGGCCCUGUAUGCCUUCUCCAACAACAACCAGGUUGUGAAACAGUUGCUGGAAAGAACCAGCAGCGGCAGCUUUGGGGGCAACGAGGGCUUCAUCUACCUGACCCUGUCGUCCCUGCCACUGGGGGGAGUCGGUCACAGCGGGAUGGGCAAAUACCACGGCAAGUUCUCCUUCGACACCUUCUCUCACCACCGCGCCUGCCUGCUCGCCCCCCCGGGCCUGGAGAAGCUCAACGAGCCCCGUUACCCGCCCUACAACGAGCGAACGCAGCAGCUCAUAAGCUGGGCCUUGAGCUUCCCAACCUGCACCCUUCUGUGAGCACGCGGCCUGCCUCCACGCCCACCUCCUCAGUCCCGUGGUGCCAGCUUUGGUCAGAGCCAACUCAGGACUGGGCAGGACUUCCAAUGGCCGGCCAGUCCCUUUGCGGGCCGUGGUCCCCUCUCGACAGAAUCGGACGCCCUACUUC